AUGGGUCGCAGAAAGAUUGAGAUCAAAGCCAUCAAGGAUGACAGAAAUCGUUCUGUAACGUUUCUCAAGCGCAAAGGCGGUCUUUUCAAAAAAGCGCAUGAACUCUCUGUACUCUGUUCUGUCGAUGUUGCAGUGAUCAUCUUCGGUCAUAACAAGAAGCUCUACGAGUUUUCCUCUGGUGAUAUCAACGACACCAUUGGUCGUUACCAAUAUUAUGGCGGUGCUCAUGAGCAUAAGGGACCGGAAGAUUUCAUGGGCAAGGGCGAUGACGAUGACGAUAUCGAUGAAGAAGGCGGAGGCAGCCCUCUACCGGGCUCACAUUCCCCGCCUGAGAAUUCCAUGAUGCCUCAACACCUUCAGCACCAACCACAAUUCCAACAUAUCAGGCACACGACCCCAUCUGCUUCUCCGCCGAUGCCCAACGGAGUCCCUUUCCACCACCGGGGUGUUUCCCCGCAGCCGCAUGGCGUUUCGCGUCCCAACUCUCGAACAGCUCAUGUGCGGCGAAACUCGAAUCUCGCCCCUCCCCACCAUCAGUCGCAGCCUCCCCCACCACCAAAUAACUAUGCAUAUAUGCCAAACCCGCCUUUCUAUAACCCACAGGCACAACAACAAGGCAUGCCACCCAAGCCGCCAGCUCCUCCACAGCCACCACAGUUUCAAUACACACAUCCUCCUCCACAGCAGCAUUCACAAGUGCAGUAUCUUCAACAACAAGAACAGCGACGACAGUCAAUGCCGCCAGUCUUUUCACAGGCGCAGGACCGGGCUGCGCCACCUCCAGCUCCUCAAGCACACAUGGGACAGCCAGGCCAGCAGCAGCAGCAGCAGCAGCAGCAACAACAACACCAACAACAGCAGCAGCAGCAACAACAACAGCAGCAGCAGCAGCAGCAGCAACAACAACAACAGCAGCAUCACAACCAACCCCAGAACCAGCAUCACAAUCAGCCUUCACCACCUCAACCAGAACAAAAUUUUCAGAGUCCUCCAAUUCCGCAGCCCAAGGCGCUCCCAGCUUCGGCAAAGAAACAUAGCAUAUUUACGCCCAUUGAUGACAGCAAUUCUGUCUUAGCAACACAUUGGGGCAGAACCACAUCGUCUGCUGAACUGACGCGAAGUGAGAUAAAGGUCGAACCAAAUAGAUCUCAAUCCAUAGACGUGGGACACGUAUCUCGGCAGCAGCCUCCACCGCCCGCCCCUUCGCACAAGCAUCAGGACCAAAAAGUCCUUGCAUCGCCAGGACUAGCAUCGCGGCAGCUGCCUCCCCAACCACAGCGAACAUCAUCUGCGUCAUCAGCUCCUAACGUCGGGCCGCCUUCUCGUGCCAACAGCAUGACAAACGGGCCCCCACGUCCAAGGCUCAAAGUACAGAUACCUAGCGAGCAGUCUGAUGCGGGCAGUGCCACUGCCGACUCUUCGCCUAAAGACACUGGAACAACGGGAGCAACUCCUGCAAGAGCAAACACCGAGACCUCUCACUCGUCAGGAGUUGUGCUACCACCACCUUCUCCAAGUGCAAGCGCGCUCCUCAGUGCAGGUGCCUCGGGGCCUCCAAAUCCGUUCGCGCGUCCACAUCCUCCAGGUGGAUUCAGCAAUAGAGAUAACAUGGAAACGCCUAUCUCAGCACUGCCCAGUCGUUUCGUAGAAAACAAUCUUCUGCCAUCUCCGUCAAGCUUCUACCCGGAGUGGGGCUUCGGACGCGAGAACAACAUGCUACCAAGCCCACUAGCAUUCCCGACUCCAGUCGUGACUAAUGGGCCAAGUUUCCGCGACGAAGAUGAACGAAAGCGGAAGACAUCUGACGCCGGCGAUGUGUCUCAGGCCAAGCGUAUCAAGGCCUGA